AUGAAUAACCCCGAAUAUCCCUCUUAGAUUACUUAAACAAUUAAUGACAUCACUUUCUCAAGUGCAUUUGAUUCAGGCAAUUUGAAAAGUGUUAGCUAUGAAGAUGGAAAAGUAAGAAAUAAAUCAAUAAUCAAAUCAUAAGUAUAUCCUCCAAAUCUCAAGUGAUUGGGGAAUCAAUGGAAAAACCACUAAUUAUAGAACCUGGUUCUACUUCUCGGUAUCUGCAAUGUCUGAAGAAGCUAUCACAUUUGUAAUAGCAAAUAUGCAAAAUUAAGUAAUUCAAGAUGUUAUUAGAAGAUGGGAUUAUUUAAAGAAGGUAUGCAGCCUGUUUUCAGAGCCUCUAAUUCCACUCAAUGGGAAAGAAUUAAAGAACCCUGUUAAUAUAGACUAAUAGCUGAAAAAUAAUUUGAAAUCUCUUUCCAACACAUGUUUCCUAAUCAUGAAACAGUGUAUUUUGCAUUUUUCUAUCCUUGGAGUUGUUAAGACAAUGAAGUAACCUAAAUUCAAUAUCUUAGAACUUUCUAUAGCAUUGUUAGACUGUAUCAUAAUAAAUUCCUAAUAUUUAUUAUGAUAAUUCCAUACUCUCUUAUUCCAAAGAAGGUAGACCUAUCAAUUUGAUUACAAUCACAAAUGGCUCCUCAGAAAUUCAAGAAUAACCAUUACCUGGAAUUUUCCCUUAGACGAGACCUGUUGUUUUUAAGAAACCUCAUAUAUUCAUCUCUGCUCGUGUUCAUCCAGGAGAAGUGCCUAGUUCUUUUGUUCUAAAUGGAUUAAUCAAAUGUCUCUUAAAUCCAAAUGAUCCUGUCGCUAGUGCUGCCAGAGACAAUUUUGUUUGGUGCUUUAUUCCCAUUAUUAAUCCCGAUGGUGUUUAUAGAGGACAUUACAGGACUGAUUCCCUCUGUUAGAAUCUUAAUCGCUAUUAUUUAUCGCCUUCUAAAGAAGAUCAUCCAACAAUUUAUGCUAUCAAGGAAUAUCUAAUCAGACUUCAUAAAACAGAUCGUUUCCUUGGAUAUAUUGAUUUACAUGCUCAUGCUGGUCAUAAAGGAGCAUUUAUUUAUGGCAAUUAACUCAAUCAAUUAAGCAAAUAGGUUUAAAAUUGUUCAAUUCCUAAAUUAAUUACAUUGUACUCUUAAAUUUUUGAUUAUGAUUCUUGUAAUUUUACAGAGAAGAACAUGUACUCUGCAGAUAAAGGAGACGGGUUGAGUAAAGAAGGCUCUGGCAGAGUAGCCCUCUUUAAGACAUGUGGAAUAAUUCAUAGUUAUACACUUGAAUGCAAUUACAAUACAGGUAGGCUUACUAAUUUAACGUAUGAGGAAUCUGAAGGUAUUUAAUAUAUUAACCCAUUAGAUAAUUCUUAUAAAGAAAACAACUUAGAGGAAAAUAUCAUUUUGGGAACUUUGUAUACAGCAGAUCCCAAAUCCAAGUUCUUUACAAUAGAAGACUAUGAAUAAGUUGGAGUUGGAAUCGUGAAUGCCUUUCUUGAUUAUCAUCUCCUUAAUCCCAGAAGUAGAUUGACAAAUUCACCAUAUAAGAAUUUAGCUAAUUUUAAAACACAUUUAGCAAUCAAUAUUGCUAAAUAAACAUUUUUUAAAUUUGACCCAUAUAUCAAAAGUGUCUUCAAGUAAAAUUACAUUAUAACCAAGGAAUAUUAACAAUAAAGAAUAAAUCCCAAGAGUACUUAAGGCAUUUUAUGAUUUUAUUAGUUCCGGUUAGAUUUAAGAUUUUUUGGAACCUAAUCCUGAAAAUCAAGGAUGUAAGCCAUUAACGAGAUAUGAAAAAGCUUAAGAAAUCAAAAAAGAAAAAGAAAAAAAAUUAUAAUAAAUGCAAUAAUAAAAAUAAUAAUAAGAAUUUGUUUAGUAAUAACAACUUUUAUAAUAAUAAGAAUAAGUGGAACCUAUAUAAUAAUAAGUUGAAACAGAUUUAGAUUCUUUAUAAAAUUAAGAUUGUAACUUAGAUAAAUUUAAGGAACAAUCAGAACCUAAGGAAUAAUAAUCACCAAAAAUUGAAGGAUGCUUAAAAAAUUGAAAUUUAUUGUCUAUUCAUAUAUUCCCA